AUGAAUAGGGUAAUAUUUUAUGUGAUUAUCCAGGUAUUUGUCACUUGUGUCCGGGCGAGUGACAAAGUGUUUUGGUACGAAAAAGGGGCCGCGGAUGGCAUGAAUGAGGCCUCACCUAUCGGUAACGGACGUAUAGGUGGACUGGUUUAUGGUCACCCGGACAAAGAGAGAGUAAAUAUCAAUGAAAUCACUUUAUGGACGGGUGAUGACAACCCGACCCAAAGCUACCAUAACGGGACUUUCGGUGAUUACCAGACUUUGGGUAAUCUGUUGGUCGACUUACCCGACCAUAAGGUCAACACUCACUACAAGCGGGCGCUGGAUAUCGGGGACGCCGUCGCCACCGUUGAGUACGAGUCACACGGAGUUCAAUACAAACGCGAAUACUUCGUGAGUCACGUGUCAAACGUGUUGGUCGGCCGACUGUCCGCCGAUAAGGGGAAGGCAUAUACGGGUCGUAUAGAGCUGCAGGAGUCGCAUAAACAGGCCGUCCAUGCGGAAAUCAAAUGCCAAUAA